AUGGAUAGCGCCAAUAGUUCACCCAUGAAGAAAUUCAUCGUCGGUGGGAAGUAUAAACUCAUACGUAAGCUAGGAAGUGGUUCGUUCGGAGACGUUUAUCAUGGCAUCGACAUCACAAAUGGAGAAGGUGUUGCUGUAAAAUUGUCAAGAAAAGCAAAGCGUUAUCAAUUACUCUACGAAAAGAAAUUAUAUGAAAUUAUUCGAGGAGCUGCCGGUAUACCACGUGUUCGAUGGUAUGGACAAGAAAGUGAUUAUAACGCUCUAGUCAUGGACAUUCUUGGGCCAAGUUUAGAAGAUCUUUUUACAUUCUGUUCACACCGUUUUACUAUGAAAACAGUGUUAAUGCUGGCUGAUCAGAUGAUUGAACGAAUUGAAUAUGUUCACAACAAGAAUUUAAUUCAUCGAGACAUUAAACCAAAUAACUUUCUUAUGGGAAUCGGAAGACAUCGCAUUAUGCUAUAUCUCAUAGACUUUGGUUUAGCAAAACAAUAUAUUCGCAGAAGAAAACAUAUACCUUAUCGUGAGAAUAGAAAAUUGACUGGUACUAUCAGAUAUAUCAGCAUUAAUACCCAUUUGGGUAUCGAACAAAGUCGUAGGGACGAUAUGGAGUCGAUUGGAUAUGUCUUAAUGUACUUUAAUCGCGGAAGUCUACCGUGGCAAGGUUUGGAAGUAGCAACCGAAACAGAGAGAUACGAAAAAAUACGUGAACUAAAAAUGUCGAUACCAGUAGAAGUUCUUUGUAAUGGAUUUCCGGCCGAAUUUGCGACGUACUUGAAUUACUGUCGACGUCUCCGCUUUGAUGAAACUCCAGAUUAUACUUACCUGAGGCAAUUAUUUAGCAAUUUAUUUCGCACACUGAAUUAUGAAUACGACUACGUAUUCGAUUGGGACAAUGUUAAUUUAAUUAAUUUAAUUAAGCAAAAACCGAAGGCCGACCAGUCGGCAGUAGCAAAUUGA